GUUGGGUUUGUAUCUCGUCCAGAUGAAUCCAACACCGAUGAGGCUACAGUCGGACGGCGUAGUCCGUAUCUACUCGAUAGAUCGUUGGACGCGUCUGACAGGGGGUCCGGGCAGACGCAGCUGGCUAACAGCGAGCUAGCGACUUAGUCUGGCUCCCAGACCGGCGGACGAUCCCAGGAACAUGGAUGACGAAAAUCCGCGAUGCGCUGUGGACUAUGACAGGACCGGCCAGCCGAGCAAAUAGUCUGGCCUCCUCUUGUCAAACUCCCCCGAUCGAGCGGCUGGCACGGACUCGAUCGCUGCUCGACGUUUCUUCUUUUUCCUGUUUUUGCGCGCUCCAUCCCUCGUCUCCGCCGGCUCUUUUUCGAUUUUCUCGUGAUCUUCCUCCGCCGCCGGGUCCCCCCUCCCUUGGUGUUUCAACCAAUAAUGACUCCACUAGCCUUGCUUGCUCCUCUCCCCCCCCCUUCUUUCUUCGUUGUGGCGGGCCCUUGGUAGUUGGUGCCUGCCACCGCGGCCCUUGGUCGAGUAACCCUCUAUCUAGAUCCAACUCUAUCGUCCAGGCUAUCGAGAACGAGGCAGGCAGGCUUGUCAUUCGACGGUGCACCGACUCCGCAUACGGAGUCGACAUCGUUAGGCCGUCAGAUCCUACUAGGGUCCCCCCCCCUCCCCCCGGCGCACAGCAAGGGCCUGACAGCUCCUCGAGAUUCCUUCAGGACCCUUCAUAAACUCCAGAGUUCCUCCCCUGGAGCUGCUGUUUCUUUUCCUUUGGGAUAGAUUGCUUCGCCCUCGGACCCCGGCAAUUCCAGUCCUUUAUCUUCUGUACAUACAUGCAUACCUCGUCAAUUGCACUCAAUUGCUCCGCUUUGCUUUUUCAUCUCCUCAGACCCUCCUUUGGACCCAUUGGACUCGUCCCAUUGCCCUGAUGUCCUCAUUGCCCCUGUGAUACACCCUAUUUCUAUCCUUGCAGCGGCCGAGGAACUGCGGGAAUAAAUCCUUUCAUUCGUCCGGUACAUGACCGUUCCCACUCAUCGCUACCGUUAACCUUUCCUACGACUUCCG